UUAGGUAUGACAUCAUCUGUAUAAUAUCUGUGCUAAAUUCUCAAUAGUAAAUUAUAUAAAAAUAAGUAAAACCAAUUGAUUUUGUGACAAAAAUGCGUGAAGAAGUAAAUUAGUGAUAAGAAAAAAAUAAAUCUCUGAGAAGGUCGUUUGAAAUAAAUAUAAGAUGUCAUUUUUAUACGUAAGAGUGUACCAUGGGCCGGACAAUGCAUUCCUGAAGAAUCAUAAACCUCAAAAGUAUUACGGGUUUCGAGACACCCUUCAGAAAAUGGGUUUUCGAGUUGACUUGGUCCCUAUUGACAUCCUCAACUAUGUUGUGAUGGAAAUAUGCAACCAUGAAGUGUUUCGCUGCAGCACGAAAAAUAUGAGGUUUAACACCGAAUUCCACAGAGACCCCGUCUGUCAAAGAGCAAUAUCUGCUGUGUUGGAUGCGUCUAGAAAAUUUGAACGAGCUCGUAGAUAUCUCUGGUUUUGGACCCUCCUGGAAACUCAGCAGCUCAGGACGAACAAAUUUGGCCCACAGGACGCCUGGCUAGAGAAAAUAGAUAUAGACUAUGAAUACACCUCGGAAACAAAAUGUUGCGACCCGCGUUACAUAGAUAAAAAAGAUAGGAAAGAUUUUUAGUUUAGGCUUCCGUGGAAUAAUGGUCCGUGGUCUAAC